AGCAAGCGCAUGUAAAUCAUUGAGUGUCAGCAGAUUCACUGGAGUGUAAUUUUCAUAUGACUUGAAGCAGCAUGAAAAAGAAAACCGCAUAAAUGUCAAAGCUGUUAAGCGCAUAAAGUGUAAUGGAAACUGUAAUAAAAAUUGAGAAACAACAAAGACAAAGCAGCACAAAGUCAAAAGCAAAAAGCUGCAUUAAUAAUGAUAACAAUGCUGCAAACAUUAAACGCAUUCAACUAUAAAAAAAAGUGCGCAAAGGGCUGCAAUCGAGACUAGAACACAAAGUGCAAAGCAAGUGCUUGUCUCUAAAGUUUAAAUACAAAAUAUUAACUGACGCCAUGACCCGCUUUCGCAUUAAGAAUUUAAAAAUUCUCUCCUGCUGUCUGAGCGUUUGGGUGACGCUCUUUGGCGCUGCACUGCAUCUGGCGCUUUGCAGUGAGUUUCCCGAGCGCGAGUGUUGCGACUUGACCACCACAUCGACGGUGGGGCCGUUGCCGUUGCCGCCGCCAGCGUUGCCCACCGACAAGUCCUUAUCGUCCGCCACCACGGCCUUGGAGACGGAUGUGAACCUGACCAUCGGCAGAUCAGGUUCGACCAUUAAGGGUGUCGUGGCCAUUUUGAAUUGCAUUUUGGCGCGUCAGCUGUGCUUUGAGGAUCCCUCAUGCUCUGCUAUACUGGAAAUUAUACCGCGCGUCUGCGGUCCCAUACCAGUGUCCUGCAGCACGGUGACGGUUACCAAAUGUCAAGCAGCGCUGCGCACAUUGCAGGCGUUUCAAUUCUUUCGCCCCACCUGUCUGUGCAAGGAGCCUGGCAUGGAUCCCGAUUGCAAUCAUUUUCGGGACUUCCUUUUCGAUCAUCCCUGCGGAUUUGUUCUCAAGAAAGCUGAAAAGGAUCCAUACCCAAUCGAUGCUUUGCCCACAUGCAAUCAUGCGUUGUCCGUUUGCCAGCAGGAGCGCAAAUGCCUGAAGCUCUUCGAGGACUUCAAGACGCACUGCAAAGUGCGCGACAAUAAAUGCAAAAUGGAAAAUAGGGAUGCCUGCCAUGACUCGUGGACUAAUCUGCGCCUCUCGCCCAUGUUCGGUUGCAUCUGUCCAAAUAACCAUAUGAAAAAGCGCUGUGAUCGUAUUUUUAAUAUUGUUAAUCACAAUCCGUGUGUGGAUAGACUAAUAUUUUUCCCAAACGGCUUGCCGAAACUGAAACAAAAGCCAAAAGCAAAGCCGAAGCCAACGCGCAAACAAAAGCCAAAGACCGGACACGGACACGGCCAACGUCAUGGCCAUGCCUUAAAUGGCACCGAGCUGCUGUCGAACAACAUUGAAUAUCAGUAUCAUGAUGAGCCCAACAAUGAGCAGCUGGAAGAGAACAACAACAACAAUGAGGAGCAGGAUGACGACGAUGAUGAGGACUCGGACGAUGAUGACUACGAUGACCGCAUACGCGCUGAAAUUUAUUCAAACUAUCCGCAUUAUCUGCAUCCACCAUCGUGGGGCAUAAACAAUCCGCUCGUGCUUGCCUCGCACAGUCCGCAUACCUCCGAGGACGACGAUGUGGUCGUCGAGGUGCCCACCACCGCCCAACAUCACCACAAGAAGCAGCAGCAGCAGCAGCCGCCGUCGCCAGCGCCGCUGCCCGCACAUGUGGAUGACUUAGACGAUGUCGUCGUGGUCGAUGCUGGCUCGGGCAUGCAUCACACGCAUACGCACACGCACACACACGCACGCAACUAUUACGCACAUGCUGCGGAGCCAACGUCCAGUGUGGGAUCAGCAAUCGCCACGAGCACAACCCCAAGCUAUACUAACACUGGCAUCAAUUCGCACAAGUCUGCACAUCCUGGCGAUAUAAUCGCCGGCAGUGACAUAACCCACCGCACCAUGGACGAGAGAGUAAGAAUAUUGGGCAUGGACGAAAAGUUGCAUCAAAGAAUCUUCGAUGAUAAUUUGGCGCUCAUUGAUACGCCACUGAUAGCCAUGGGCGGCUCGGCGAGCAGCUAUAAUUAUCCGGGCUCGGUGUCCAACUCGCUGCACGGCGUGCUCAGCUAUCCAUUCAAUAUAAGCGGCUUCCAUCAGCGCCACAUGGCGGCGGGGGCAACGGCGUCAAACGGAAAUGAAUCGCCCUUCGAUAUCGUUGAUACGGGCUAUGGCUUCAGCGGCAAUUCGAAUGGCAAUGGCAAUGGCAACGGCCAUUCGAAUAACAACGGAAACGGAAAUACCGGUGUUUAUUACCAAAGUGGUCAGGACGUCGAAGUUGACCUCUCAACGGAAAUAAUCAAGCAACACUUUCAGAGUACCUGCCACACUGCAUUGGAUACCUGCCGGGAAGAUCCGUCCUGCUCAUCAUCGCUGCAGCCCAUGCUGACGCAUUGUGAGCUGCAUCGCUGCAAUCGCAAUGCGUGCAUGACCUCACUGCAAACGUUCUACAAAGGACCGCACGAGGACCUAAGCCUGGACAUUGCCUUUUGUCUGUGCAAAAAAAGCACCAACAGCAACAAUCAGCAGAGCAGCAAUCGGCACGACAUGUGCAUGAUUGCCCAGGAAAAGCUGCAUCCAGUUUGCGCACAGCGACCGCCCGAUAACAAUAAUCCGGCCAGCUCCAAUGGCAUCUACUACCAUCCGCCGCCAGCGUGCCAUGUGGUCGCCGACAGCUGCAAAGAGGAUCGCGAGUGCAGACUCAAGCUGGAGUACUAUGAGCAGGCCUGUGCGGUGGACAGCGUGACCAAGAAGUGUGCCGGGCGUGCCAGCGGCUGUCGCACCGCAAUGAUUGGCAUACUGGGCACUAUGCUGCGCACCACUUGCGCCUGCCAGGGCACCGAUCCACAGCAUCUCUAUCAGUGCGUUGGCUGGCGUCGUCUGCUCUGGAUGAAUCCAUGCGUUGUUGAGGCCCAAAAGGAUUUCCACAUGAAGCGUUUGGCUGAGCUUGGUUUCUUAACUACGACGACAACAACAACUACAACUACAACAACGACAACAACAACAACGCCAGCGCCGCCACCACCGCCGCCGCCUCCACCUACAACAACAACCACUAGCACUAGCUUGCAGCCAAAGCAAACAGCCAGAAAGCCAGCCACGCAUAUAUUCAAGGCAAGGGAGAAAUCGGAGCCGGCAUCGGUGGACCACAAUCAUCUCGAUCCGCCCGAUUCGGUGCCGCUAUACAGCGGAAACGAUGGCAGCGAAAAAGACGGAAAUGUCGAUUAUGGACCCGACCAUACCGACCCCAAUGGCAGGGGACGCAGCAGUCACGGAAAUGGCAAUGGCAAUGGAAAUGGCAAAGUCGAACAUAAACGGCAGGGAAAGAAGAAUGGAAAUGGCAACGGCGGCAGCGGCGGCCGGCAUGGCGUCGAUAUCGAUGAUCCAGUAAUUUUUGUUGACCAAACGGAAACAACAGAAUUUGUGCACAGCAUCAGCUUCACAGAGCCGACAACCACAACGACCACAACAAUGGCAACCACAACGACAACCCAACCACCAAGGAACUGUGUGGUGCAGCGACCACAGCAAAGCGAUCAACUGAUACGCGAAGGCAGCAGCAAGCGGAUCUACUCCAUGGACGACGCUGAAUGCAGCGAACUGUGCAGCUGCGGCGACUCGCUGACACUCACCUGUCACGCCCUCUGCGUGCCGUUCGCCCCCUGCCGCACCGCGCUGGCGUUUUAUAGUCACGCCUCGCCAGCUUAUCAGGCGUUCCGCGGUCGCUGCCUGUGCUACUCGGGACGCUUCAUCUGCAUGAAGCCGCCACCCGGGGAAUACUUUCUGCCAGGUGGCGUCUUUCUCCUGCUCGGCUAUAGUGCAGCAGAUGAAGCGCUGCUGCGUCCGCACACCAAUCUCGGCGUGCAGGACGCUGUGCGCGCCUUGCAACAAUAUGUGACAACCUAUAUCAAUAAUCAGACUCAGUGCACGCUGACGCUGUUCAACAUGACCGAGGAGAACAUCAUCAUUGCCGCUCGACUGCCGCACGACGGCAAACUGCGGGACAUUGAGAUGCUGCGCAAGGAGAAGGACGAAUGCACCGCGAUACUGAAGACCAUCAGUCAUCAUAUUAACACCGAGCACAAUGAGCUACAAUCCCACCGGCUAUUGAGCAUUUUCAAAAUGUCCGAAGUCGAUGUCGUCUGGCCGGAGAGCACGAGUGCGGCUCGCAGUGGCCAUGCCGGGCAUGGCCAGUUGACAAUGGCCAGUCGCCUGCUCACCCUGCUGCUGCUCGCCCUGGCAGUCAUCGUGCGUGGCACGCUGCGUAUGAGUAACCUGAAUGCGCACAGCAGCUGGCGUCUCCCCAUAACAUGAUAACGUGGCGCAGCAACGUACUGAGCGUUCGAAUUCCAAAUGUAUGUAGCUAAUUUGUAUUUGGG